CUCACGCGAAUCCUUUCAGAUUUCUACAUUUUCUAUUCUGUGGUUGUACUUAUUGAUGAGAGCGAUAAGUGUAAUUUAUUUUGUUUAAUUUUAUUUUUCUUUGAUUUUAACCUUAUAAUGAUUGAAGGAAAGGCGAAUGAAUUACCCGACUUUCAAGUGUUUCAAACAGUAAUAAAAUACUGUUUAUUCAUCAUAAUUGUACCAGUAUUAUCGUUCUUCGUAGUGAAAAUUUUAAUAUUUGACACUAUAUUACAUUUGGAACCCGUCACAAGCAGCGUCUAUGCCGCAGUAGUAGCUGUGGUUGUGUUACAUGUAACACUUGGUCUGUACAUUUACAGAGCGUAUAGCGAGAGUGACAAACCGCCUCCGAAACCGGUCAAGAAAGAUUAAACUAUUUAUAUUUUAAAACACU